GAUCCACACUUGAUACCCAAAAAUGACUUCUAAUAACUUGAAGAACGCACUGAUCGCAUUUCUAGCUCCCCUUCCCUCCAUUCUCUUCUACCUCACAUUCCUCCACAACCACCAAACCACUACUAGCCCUGAAGCUCUCUCGCCUAUUUGGGCAUGGUGCUAUCACCACCCUCUUCUUCUAGCCAAUGCCCUCUUCUUCUUCAACGUCAAUGUCCUCUUCUGGGUCAUCAGCCAAGUCCUCUCCAGCCAUUGGAUGAUCGAUUUGUAUUGGACGGUGAUUCCGGUGAUGCUGGUUCAUUACUACCGGACUCACCCUCUUGCUGAGUUUAACUGGUGGAGGUCAACGAUUGGAGUAUUGUUGACUUGGGUUUGGAGUGUUAGGCUCACCCAUAACUAUUUUAGGCGGGAAAAUUGGCAAUGGGGGGCUAGAGAGGACUGGAGGUUCACUGAUAUGAACUCACAGUAUGGCAAACAGUGGUGGUGGAUUUCCUUCUUUGCUGUUUAUCUUUCUCAGCAGGUUUUUCUGAUUGGAAUAUGCCUUCCUUUGUAUGUGAUCCACUCGGUUAAUGUGCCAUUGAACAUAUGGGAUUUUGUUGCUGUCAUUGUGUGCAUUUGUGGUAUUGUUGUUGCGUACUUCGCCGAUACACAGCUCCAUGAAUUUGUGAGCAGAAACAAUGAGUUUAAAGAGGCUGGAAAGCCGGUUGUGGCUAAUCUUGAUGAGGGGUGGUGGCGUUAUUCACGGCAUCCCAACUAUUUUGGAGAGCAGUUGUGGUGGUGGGGACUGGUUGUGUUUGCAUGGAACCUGGGGCAGGGGUGGACCUUUGUUGGGUCUUUUGUCAAUACACUGUGUUUGGCUUAUGUGACAACGCUUGUGGAGAAGCGAAUGCUGAAGCAAGAGUUCAGAGUAGAAGCCUACAGGCAGUAUCAGAAGACUACCUCAGUGUGGAUCCCAUGGUGGAAGUCAUCUCCUACCGGAGGAAAAGAUAAAAAAGCUUGAUUUGAUAUUUCUGUAAGUGUUAUGGCUUUCCAACUGUUUUAUCCGCUCCAUAUAUCUCUUUACUUGUCUUAUAAUGCCCUACGCCUGGCAAUUGUCAUCAACUCUUCUUUAUUUGGAAAAAAAGUGAAAGCAAUUUGGAAUCUAUUUGUGCAUACUUUAACA